AUGAUACCGUCCGUCAGGACGUGGUCGCCGCGACGGCUCUUCUGGACACCCCUGGAACCCUGGUUCUGGGCCCUGGGCUCGGACGUCGUGGCUUGGCCGCCCCCAGGUUCCGGGUGCCAAACGUUGCGGUCGGUGACCCCCCUUGACCCCGGGGCCUGGGCAGCUCCGGGCGGCUCGGGCAGCGGCGGCGCGGGCACGCCCUCGUCCUGGCGCUCUUCGUCGGACAGCCCCGAGGACGAGCUGACGUCGGCGUCGCUGUCGCCGCCGCCCUCGCUGCUGGCCUGCGGCCCGGCUUCGGCCUCGUGCUCGGACUCCGAGCUGUCCUUCACCAUCGGGGUGACCGAGGCGACGCCCUACGCCUGCCACUUCUGCGACAAGGCCUUCCCCAGACUCAGCUACCUCAAGCGGCACGAACAGGUGCACAGCGACCGGAUGCCCUUCCGCUGCGAUUUCUGCCAGCGGCUGUUCAAGCACAAGCGCAGCCGCGACCGCCACGUGAAGCUGCACACGGGCGAUCGCAAGUACCGCUGCUCCCAGUGUGAGGCGGCCUUCUCCCGCUCCGACCACCUCAAGAUCCACAUGAAGACUCACGACCACGCCAAGCCUUUCCAAUGUGCCAUGUGCAACAGGGGCUAUAACACUGCCGCGGCCCUCACCUCGCACAUGCAGAACCACCGCAAAAACGCAUCCUCCGGCCCGAACAGGCAGGGCCCGGGCGUGCUGGAGCCUCCCGGCGCAGCGAGGCCCAGCCUGGGCUCCAGUCUGCUCACCAACGGGAUUCUGGCAGCGCCUACGGCCGAUGGCUCGACGUCGUUGUCUCGGGACGACAGCUCGUCCUGUUCCACUGGCAAGCUGAGCCCCGCCGCGGGCAGUCCACUGCCAGCCAGCACUGAGCUUCAGAUCAACGGAUGCAGAACGGACCCGGAACGGUCGAGCUGCUCGACUCCUCAGGACGACGACGGAGGCUCGGAGGAGAGUGCCGAGCGGCGUGGGGGCUCGGCGCUGGUCAUGGCCCCGACAUCGCUGCCGUGUGGGUUCUGCAGCCGACGGGACUUUACCAGCCUGGAAGCUCUGCAGGCGCACGUGCGCGCCACGCAUGUCCCCUUCUCGGCGGCGUCGUUGGUGGGUCCAUCGCAGGGCCCCCUGCGACUGGACCCCGCGGGAAGAACUCCCUCGAGACACUCGCCGCCCGCGGCCACGACUGCCUUGACACUGGUAGACGCCUCGUACGAAUGCGAGUACUGCGGCAUGAAGCUCCCCAGCGUGCACGCGUUGCAAACGCACACGCUGGCGGCGCACAGCUUCAGCGAGGUGCUGAGCAAACGCAUGUCGGCCAUGAUGGGCGCGGACUCGGGUGGCGGCCCACUCAUCUGCAGCCAGUGCGGCGCCCCGUCGGCGGACUUCGAGUCCUUCCGGGCCCACCUGGCAUCGCACCUGGAAGGCCGCAUGUCCCGGUCCUGCCCCGAAUGCCGGGCUGAGUUCCCCUCGUCGCAGCAGCUCGAGUCGCACGUUGCGGCGCACUUCCUGUCCACCUCCGUGGAGUACGGCUGCCAAGCCUGCCUCAAGCUCUUCACGAGGCCCGACGAGCUUCAGAAGCACCUGCUGGAUAUGCACGCGCACCACCUGUAUCGGUGCGCCCUCUGCAGAGACGUGUUCGACUCCAAGGUGGGCGUCCAAGUGCACUUCGCAGUCAAGCACAGCAACGAGUGUCAGGUGUUCAAGUGCAGUGCCUGUAACGCGGCCUACCGAUCGGAGCCCGAGUUCGCACUUCACGUGCAGGUAACGCACCUCGCGAAGGCAGCGCCCUACAGGUGUCUCCUGUGCGACCAGACUUUUGCCAGCGAGCCGUUACUGCAGAGUCAUCUGGACACGCACGGCAAGCAAUUCUCCUGCGCACUGUGCAGUCAGGCUUUUCACGUGGAGUUCCUCCUGGAAAAACACAUGGAAGCCUGUCACGCGGCCGACCUCACGCUCCAUCCAGACGCAGUGCAGAACCUGAGCGUCAAGAGCAGGCUCAAAGAGGCCAAGUGCGACAUCUGCGACCAGGCGUUCAGUUCGGACGCGUCCCUCGCGACGCACCGAAGGCAGGUCCACAACGUCAGGGUCUCUUCGGGCUCCCAGAAGUCCGUCAGCCUGCUCUGUGCCUACUGCAACGAACCGUGCAAGUCGCGUUCAGACCUGGAAAAUCACAUGAAGGCUCACACGGCGAGCCCAAGCAAGCACAAGUGCAACAUCUGCGACGAAAUUUGUCCGUCAGCCACCACCCUGGCCGAACACAAACUCACCCACUGCAAAGUGGUCAAGGGCUCCACGUGUGCCGUCUGCCGAGAGGUGCUUCGCUCCGAGGACCAAUUCCUGGCGCACGUCAACUCACAUGGCGGAGGACCCGCAUUGCCACUGCCGUGUGUCGUGUGCAGACAGACACUCAUGUCUGAAGUGGAACUGCGUAUGCACGCCCGCUUCCACAUUUCGCACUGCGACAAGGGUUCGCUGUGCUGCGUGUGUGAGCGGCCCCUGGACGCGGCCAGCCGCAUCAUCACGGGCCGGCAGCAGGAGAAGCAGUCCUUCAUGUGCAAGGACUGCUUCCACGCCAAAGGCGUUCAGGACCAGGGCCGCUGUCCGGAGUGCCGCAUCAAGUUCGAGUCGCCCCUGGAGCUGGAGCAGCAUGUCCGCAGCAGCCACGGCGGUUGACGUCUCGCGCCGCCGUUCCUGGUCGCCGAAGGCAGCCAGUGCUCCGGGAGCGCCAGCCAGCGCCCCACACUCUACCGGUAGAACACAGAACACUGCAAAAUGCACGAGUGCCCCCGUGGACGUGGUACCGGAACCCUGAGGGCUCGACCCUGCCUGUGACGUGCCCUCGCGCUUGACUUGCGCGGUUUCUCCUCAUUGCCCCCCUGCGGCCGGGACAGUAUACUGUGACAUCCACUUCGUUCGACGAUAUGCUAAUCAGCAUGUUGGUUCCUAUCUAGAGGGAUCUGGAAGCGUCGGGUUACCAUGGAGGUCAAUGGUUCUUGGUGAUUUCAAACAAUCAAACAGUUCAAAUUCGCUCAGGGAGCGACUCGUUUCUCUUGUCAUUAUGCUAAGAAGCGCCGUGUGAAAGUUACUC